AUGUUGUGCGAGGAAGUAUUUUAUUUUCCUAGCGACUUCAACGUAAGCUACCUGCCUUUUUGACUCAGUUCUUUCCUCCACAGGGCAGACCCAAGAGCUGUAUCUCUGCAAACCUUUACAAGGGUCCUAUAAACCCAAGUGCAUUUCAGAUAUAUAGGCCCGAAGCAUACUAUUUCCGAGAUCCUAUAGUUUCUUGGAAUCGCAAAAGAUCUCGCUACCCGCCAGCUCGGCAUCGAGUCAAUAUCUUCGGAUUUUACACCUUGUCAAGGAGGGUACAGCGACACUGUUGAUGUACUGCUCAAAAGUGACCAACAUGUCAUUAUCCAAUUCCGAUCCUCUCCUCUACAUAAAACUCACGACUCUAUCCACAAAAUUGCACGCCAGCUUCUCGGAGACAAGGUACCAAUGAUCAUUGCUCUCAGGGAUAAUUUAUUAGGAGAAAAAUAUGGUUAUACAUACCUCAUGCCAUGCAUUCCGGAAAGAACUCUCAACGACGUCAACACGCGCGCUGAAUGGACUGAUCAUCAAUUUCUCAACUUUGCUGGUUCGCUUGGCAAGGUGUGCGGUCAGUCAUUCUAUACGACUUCAAUCGGACAAGCUGAGAUCCCAAAUUCUGAUACAGUUAUUUCCACUGCUUGA